UACUCGUUGUGUUCUGUAUUUCUCUGGAGAAUGUAGUUCUCUUUUCCUUUUCUGAAGCAAAUGGUCAAUUAUUUUGACUAUUUUCCCAGCGUGCACUCGGGUGCCAAAGCCGACAAGGCUGUGUAAAUGCUUAUGAUUGAGCCGCAGCUAUUUCCUGGUCAAGUUGGUAGCCAUUUUGGGCUUGUGAGAAUUAGGUUUGGGGUUUUGGGGAGAAGUUAUUUUUAACAUUGGUGUGAUUAUCUGUAAACUACGAUUAUUUGGAGAGCGCUAUUAAUUCAGGUUCUGAAACGAGAGGGUUUCACGUGACUUGUCAAGUAUGAAUCCUGAAUAUGACUAUUUAUUCAAGCUGCUUCUGAUCGGUGACUCUGGUGUUGGAAAAUCAUGCCUUCUCCUCAGGUUUGCAGAUGAUACAUACACAGAAAGCUACAUCAGUACUAUUGGCGUGGAUUUCAAAAUCAGAACCAUAGAGUUAGAUGGGAAGACAAUUAAACUUCAGAUUUGGGACACAGCAGGUCAAGAAAGAUUUCGAACAAUUACAUCAAGUUACUACAGAGGAGCACAUGGCAUCAUAGUUGUAUAUGAUGUUACAGACCAGGAAUUUGCAGACUCCCUUGGAAUUCCCUUUUUGGAAACAAGUGCAAAGAAUGCUACAAAUGUAGAACAAGCCUUCAUGACUAUGGCUGCAGAGAUUAAAAAACGAAUGGGUCCAGGAGCUACAGCUGGUGGUUCAGAAAAAUCCAAUGUUAAAAUACAGAGCACUCCAGUCAAGCAGAAUAGUGGGGGUUGCUGCUAAGACCUGCUUUUCCUCCUCUCACCUUCCUGAUGAAUAUGAGAAGCCCAAGUGUAAGACAGAGUUGCCUAAAUUGUACUGUGUGUAGCCACACUACUACAAGUAAACGUCAGUCCUGCGCCCCCCCACCCUGUCCACAGAAAAGGUCAAAGCUUAAGUGAACAGUACCAUCGUAUCCCUACAGCUCCUGGUAGCUAACUUCAUUUUCAGAAGUGUUCUAAACCUUUACUGUGCAGGUUUAUAAAACAUUUAUAAUUCAGAUUACUGUAUGGAUACUGGACUGUUAUCUGUAUUUUUUCUUUUGUUUGGCGUGUGCUGUUGUGUUUCUGUUGGCAUGUUUAAAUGUCAGGUUAAACCCUUCUUUGAAGAUGAAGUUUUGCCAUUUUGUAUCCAGCCACAGCACAACAUUGUUUGUGACUCUCCAUAACAUCGAUAAUGUUUAAUGACCUGUUUUUCUGUAAGAUCUAAUUUGCUAGUACUUUUUGUAGAGAGAAAUGGAAAAAUUGCACUCUGUUUAGUCUCUUUUUAUUCUGUGCAUAUAAGUAGUGGCUACAAACUCAUGUGAUAUUUUUGUUGCACAGUAUGCAACUUUAAACAAAACUGUUUGUACUUACUCUGGAAGUAAUACCCAACUAUAUGGUGGUAAAAAAGUGUCUAAAUUCUUAGUAGUGUGAUUUUUCUAGGGCUGGCAGGGCUUUCUAAGUUUUUAAUUUAUUCAUUUUUGUGUUUGGCUAAAGCUGUCCCCGUGAUAUGCAUUUGGUUUGCAGCACAUCUUUCCUGUGGAUUCUUUACAUAAACUACAUUGCUCUCAGUAUUUGCUGUAACUUGUAACACUAGACCAUAUUUAAAGAGCAGUUGACACCAUAUUUUAAUGCUGAAUGCCUGAGGACCUAAAAUAUAAAGGCAUUGUAUGCAUGCUUCCCAAAUUUGUUUUUACAGACUUCAAAAGUGUUUUCAGUAGUAGUUAAAUGAAAAUGACUGCUGUUUGCCACCCAUAAGCUCUUAAUGCUGUUUGUAGCAUUAACAGAUGCAUUUUUGCUCGAUAUAGAACAGUUAUACUGCAGUUAUACACUCUGCUGUUAGAGGCUUUGAUUUUACACAGGAGAAGACUGUACUCUGCUGCUUUAAGGGUUGAUGUUUUAUACUCUUGACUCUCUGAUAUAAAUAAACUUACAAGUAAAAGUGAAAGAACAUAAUAGCUCUGAAUCCAGACUUUUGAUCUUUAUAUCACUAAUAGCAGUUGGGUACCACUUUUAUUCCUUGACAGCAACUGCACUUUCAAGUUAAGGUAGUUUAUUAAAAGGGGCAGAAAUGGAAGUGUUUUAUGCACUUGGAACAAACUGGGCUUUUGUAGUGACCAUUUCUUUUAGUGCAACAACUGAAGAAUGGCAAUCUAAGUAUUCUGUAACCAUCUACAUUUCUUGCACUUAAGCCUUUUAGAAACCAUUCCAUUAGGUUCUGUAAUAAUCACGGUUUGUUUUUGUUUUAUAGUGUUCUGAAAAGGACUUGUACAUUUUUUUACUUUAACCUGUUAGUGUGACACUAGGUGAUAACCAGUGUCAAUUUUGACUUAAGUACCUGUCAUGAGAUUUGCAGAAGUAUGUGCUGCUAUGUAGUAUUUUGAAGGUAUCAUCCAGUUUGCUGUUCUGUGUCAUUGGUGCUUAAUGGUAGUAAAUGUUUUGCAGUUUAUUUUAGAUGUGAAGGGGUAGAUUAGUAACUGAGCAACUGCUUCACAGAGGAACUGUACAAGCUGAAUACAAGAAAAACAGAAGUGAAAACUGCACAAAAACGCUGCAUUUUAAAGACUUCAGUAUAAUGUCUUUAAAAUUGCAGUACCCCUGGAAAGGCUAAUCUGUAGUCUAUAAAAUAAAAACUACUUCAAAGCAGGUUUUCUGUCUUUUUAUAGAAUUGUGUGCUACUUCCAGGAGCCUAAAGCUUGCCCAUGUUUGUGGAAAUGUAAUUCUCCAGGAGUAUGUCGAUACAGGCUUGGCAUAUUUGUAGAUCAUCAGAAGGGCAGGUAUAUAUGUGUGCUGUUUAAUUGUACAGACAGUGCUGCAGUUCUUUGGUAGUACCCAGAAUGUUGCAUCAUUGCGUUUUCAUAAGGAACCAUAGAGAUUGAUGGCAGUUGGAGUGAACAGCCAGUCCAGUGGACUUGGACAUGAACACAUUUUUCCCCAGCCAUUUCACUUAGACUUUGCGGGGUAUUUUGCCAUGCUAUUACUGGAAGCUUCUUCUGAUGUCAUGGUAUAGUUAUCAGACUGUUCUCUGCCCACAGUCAUCUGUUAAGCCACAGAUUGUACCACUCAAGAACAUGUAUUGAAACAGCAUAUUUUCAGGAAAAAUUGAUGCCAAUUAUUUGCCAGUAAGCUGAAAAUACAGAUGCCAUCAGUAUGGAAAUUGUAAGCCUUGUGUUAGAUGUCUUUUCUUUUAACAUGUUUUGAAUACCAAACUAGACUUUCAUUCCUGUGUGUGUAUAUAUACACAUGUGAGAUGGGUAAGUACGCUACCUGAGAUUCCUUAUGCCACAAAGUCAGCUCUUUCAUUUCACUACAUAUGGAAUCCAGUGCUUUUGCUGUUAGUGGAUGUAUUAAAAGCACAGUGAAUACUGUUUUUGUGCAUUUGGUUGGGCGAAAGGAGUCAUGAAGCAUCUGAAUUAAUACCUAGCUUAUUGGAAAGACAGUUAUGUUCUAGAGCUGGGAAGUACGUUCACUGUUUUUGAAGUUUGUGUAGAGAAAUCAGUCACUUCGAGACCAGGGGUUCUAAAUUUUAGCUGUUUCAAGUGCAUACAUUUGGGUGUUCAUUGCACAGGAAUGUGUAUAUUUUUCAUACUGUCCCAGAUAAGUUUAAAUAUUGAAAGUAUUGUAUAAAAUCAAAAUACUUGGACAUUUCUGAAGAAAGAAAUCUAUAUUGCCGUGGAACCAAAGUGGUGACAGCUGUGGCUCUGUAAGGCAUACAUAAGGUGGUCACUGUAUUACCAAAAUCUACAAUAAAAUUAUUGAAAUAUAA